ACUCUGUAUGAAUCGUGGAGUGAGGAAGUGACGAAGCGUUCGUGUUGUCCGCUGUGUGAACGCCGCUUUACCUCGAAGACCGGCGCUAUUGAGUUAUCGGGAAAGCUGUUGGAUAUGAGCCUAGCGGUACCUGAAGACAUUGAGCGACUAGAGCGACAAGUUAAAGAAGAAGAGGAGAAGGAGAGGCGGCUGGCAAAUGCGCUCAUUCAUGUUGACCAGUGC